GUCUUCUUACACUUUAUAAUGAUUUUCUGAUGGAAAUUCAGACCUCACAGCAUUAGGAGAAGCGAUUCAAUCUUUAGCAUCCAUGCAGAGAUUUCCUGUGUCUACCACAAAUAGACACUUCUUUCUCAACUAUCCAUCUUGUCGACACUGCCGCGCGUCGUUUUAUGGAUGCUUCCCGUCAACAGCUAAUCUUCAGUUAAGGUAUUAUUUUCAGAGGACUCAUUGGUUGCCGUCCUCCUCUUCUUCUUCUCCCUCUUGGCAUGAAAAGCAUAAUUUACCUUCUGAAACCUCAGGAAAUGCUAAUCGCUCCAACCUCCUUUCUGCUGAGGCUUUUUCUCGGCUUACGCCGAUGGUUCUUUUGCAAAAGGCCCUACACCAGUACACACUGCUCGACGAUACGCAGCUGUCAAAAAGCUCAUCAAACCACCUUCUUAUUUCACGUGAUAAGUUUAAUCAUUUCUGUAGUAUUUCAAACGUUCAAGAACCCGAAUCAGCCCUUCAGGCCCUUGACGAAGCGGGUGUAGUAGUUUCAUUGGAUCAAGGUCGUCUUGUGCAUCUUCGUCCGGUGCAAUACGUUCAAGAGGUCGAAAUCGUGCAAUCCCUCCUUUCAAAAAACGAGACGGAAGGAUCACACAAUACCACAAAUUCUUUAAAUGAAAACGUAGGGCUAGUGAGCCACCGGUUGCCUGAUUGUUUUCUCCUUACGGAAAGUCAGCGGCGGAUUGAUAAAUUAGUGGAUGUGGAAGUGGCAUUGCGUGUAAAGUUGUAUCCUGCGAUUGCUAAGGCCGCGCGCUGGCGGCGUUUAAUCUGGAGCGCGGCUUUGUUUUACGCAGGAUUCCAGCUAGCCGCUGUUGCCCACCUAACCUAUGUGGAGUUUGAUUGGGAUGUAAUGGAGCCUGUUUCGUAUUGCCUUUCUAUUGGAACCGAUUUGCUAUUUCUAGCUUAUUAUGUGUGGUAUGACAAGCAGUAUAGCUAUUCGGGAUUUGAUAAACAGCGCUUGCCUAAAAAGGUCCGUCAGUACGCGCCAAAAGACUUUAACUGGGAAAGGUAUGAAAAAGUAUGCGCACAGCUGGUGGAGGAACGAAAACUACUUGAAAAACUUCAGAAAUGGGCUAAAACUCAUUGAAAUAUUUCUUUUUUUCUUCUUCUGCAUAUGUAUAUUCUGAUGACUUAUUGGCUUAGUCAUUGGCUUGA